CCAGAGUGUGCUCAGCUACCACUUCCUUCAUUUCAGCUACAACAUUUCGUUCCAAAGAGCAAUUUUCUUUUAAUCUGACCUGACUACGCUUUAACAAGGUGUUUGUUUGAGCUUUGCAUCAGAAGCUUGUCUCUGCAGAAGAAUGCAAAGCAGUAAUAGGUAGUGUCUGGACAGUUAUUUGGAAAGCACAGUUUAUAUAAAGGAUUUCAAGCUACUAAGUUAGGUUUAGGUUGCUUUUUUCUUUUGAACUUCUAGAGAAGAGCUAGUAAUAAGUCUAAACCAAAAGCUGUGGGCUACAUAAAUUGAAGUUUACUAUUUUUCAAUUUUAAAAUUAUAACUAUGAAAACCCAGCAAGUUCCUGUCAGUAAAGUGAAUGCUGUUUAUGCAGGGAGAGGACAGGCAUGUGCAGGUGCUGUUAGUUCAGCCAACUGUGGGCAUCAUAUAAAGGACAAACCUCACCUCGCGAAAAGAAGAGAUUAUUCUGUUGACACUUGGACUGUAAGCCGAGCUACUGGUACCAAAGCUCACUUCCAAGCACAGACCACCAGGCAUCAGCUCUACAGCUUGGAUAACAGCAAAUCACACCCCAGCAAUGAAUGCUUCACAGAGAAAUCAGUUAUUGCUCAGCCGAUAUUUGUGUUUGAAAAGAAAAACCGACCUUUCAAGAGGCCUGCAGAAGACACAAUUUGCGCAGCUGAAAGCGAUAAUUCCAUUAGUUAUUCCAAGAAACGGGCAAGAUCAUCAUCUUUUACUUUCCGAACAUCUGACUCGCAGUCUGACCUAGAUACCCUCUCUCAAAAAAGAGUAAGAUCAUCUUCCUUUACCAUCCUUCCUACCUUUCCCCCGUCGCAGCCAGUAAAGAAGAAUAAUAUAUUCAUGACCUCAGCUCUUCUCCGAAGAAGCAGUGACAUCACAAGUACAAAAGAAGGAUCUUCGUCACACUCUCCGCUGUGGAAUAUCAUCAGGCCUGCCAUUUUACAGCCACCACCAAUGCAAUUAUAUGAGGAAAGAAAGCAGACCUGUAUUGAACAUAUACUGCUAUUUCCAAAGGCUGAAAAGAAAGAAACUAUUCAGUUAUCUGAAGAGUGCUCACCUUCCCCAACUGAGAACAUUAUGAGUUCCAGAACAGCAGAGAGACCAUGUGUCAUCAUGAACCUUUCAAGCCCUAAAACAAUAGGAAAUCAUCUUGUUGAAGACAGAAGUAUUUUAAACCAUAGCAAAUCUGAUUUUGUGUUUGGAGAAAACAUGGUUGAGAGAGUUUUGACUCCUCAGAAAUGUUCCAAGCUUCAUAAUGAAAUGGAUCCAGGCAAGAAAGAAAAAACAACCGCACACAGAGAAUAUUUUCAGACUUGUUGUCCACAUACAAAAACAGUUGUUGCUGAGAGUGCAUCACUAGCUGAAUCAGCUGCUGCUUAUAUUGCUAAACCAACACAGAAAUAUUUGCUAAAUAAAGUGGAAGUUAUAACAGGAGAAGAAGCAGAACACAAUGUAUUACAGAUCAAUUGCAAGCUCUAUGUGUUUAAUAAACUAUCAUUAUCCUGGACUGAAAGAGGCAGAGGAUCCUUGAGGCUCAAUGACACUUCAAGCAACAGAUGUGGAAUGUUACAGUCAAGGCUAGUUAUGAGAAAUCAAGGCAGCUUGAGACUGAUCCUCAACACUAAACUCUGGCCUCAGAUGAUGAUAGAGAGAGGAAAUCACAAGAGUCUGUGCAUUACUGCAGUGGACCAAGAAGACUGUUCUGUUAAAGUAUUUCUUAUACAGGCAAGUUCAAAAGAUGUUCAAUACCUGUAUGCAGCAAUACACCACCGUCUUGUUGCAUUGCAAAGCUUCGUGGAAAAAGAAUCAGAUACUAAUCAAGUAGAUACGGAGCCAGAAGCAGCCUUUUGUACGCUAAUCUGUGGCAGUGAUGAUGAGGAGGAGGAAGAAAUAACUCAAGUAAGCAGCAAUAAAUCAGAUCAUUCUAGAUGGAUCCGCAGACAGCCUGUGGUUUGUUCAUGACAAUUAUUACAGGAACAAAGACUGGCAGCUCCAUAGUGCUGAAAAUCCCGAAUUAUCUCAUCAGUCUGUGGAGUGAAGGAAUCUGAUGCAUUCGUUCCAUGAUUUUCAAGAAAUAAAUUAAUUUUCAGGACUACAAAAGUUUAAUACAUCAGAGAAGGACUUGACGUGCACUUUAAGGAUUCCAGUCAUCAUUCCUUGCACUGAAAUGGGAAUGACAGGAUGGCCUCCACUGUUCAAGAAGUAUUAUAAAGGUUUCAGGAUUUUGGAAUUAGGCAUACUUAAAGAUACUGAAUAAGGGACAUUAUCCCUAAUCAUGUUUAUUCAUCAUAUUGAUGGAUAAAAUCUUGCCAUGAACUUCAUGAUAUUCCUAUAUGAAGAGAUUAUUUAUUUUUGUUUUCCAUAACACAAAACAAAACAUUUAUGAAGACUUUAAAAGUAGCUUUGUUGAAAACAGUGAAUAUAGCUGAUAACGUUCAAAGACCCAUUCUAUAGUCCAUACACGAGCAGAAUUAUUUGUCCACGUCUGUGUAAAAUGAACAAAGCCUAUGGAAACUAGCCUUUAUAAUUAAACAAGGUAUUUGAUAAUGAAACAAAACAUUUUUGUUUUGAAAAUAUUCCAGGAUGUGAAUUGGCUAUAGGAUUGUUUUUAAAUGGGGUCCUACUCUGCUUCUGAUUGUCAGCAGGACUUUUGCUGCUGACUGCAGUGAGAAAAGGUUUGGGCCUCAAGUUUUAGGAUGCAUCUGAAAAUGCAGCUGUAAUAUCCACAGGCACAUCUAUUUGCACCUUCUUUGCUUGCAUAACACAAGUAAUUACAUAAUUAACUGCUCUUUUGGCCUUUGCAAAUGUGUGUCCAUAUAGUAUUUCUGUAGAACUGCUGAAAAUGUCUUAACCAUGUGUGCCAAACUAGUUAAAUGUAUGAGUUUUAUUGUUAACUAUAGGCUACCAAGCACCAACACCUCUUCAUCUGAUUACCUACUAUACAAUUUAACAUAUACAAUCCAAGCAGAACUAAAGAUACAGUCACUUGACAAUAAUGAACCUAUAAUUUACUAUGCAUUAUUUAAACUUUUUUUUGCUAACCAAGCUGAUUAAGAUACUGUAAAAACAAACUCUCUAAUGCCUUCUGUCAGCCACCAGUUCACAGUACAAAGCAGCCAUUUAGAGCCUUGGUUCUCUACAACUCCAGUCCACAAAGAAAAUAUAUCUUUAUGCAUCUUGCUGAACCUCUCUGUAGCAUUCUAUAUACAUGAUUAUCAUACUGAUUUUCUUCAACUGAUGGCUGACAUGAAGUCUCUCUGGACUCAGAGGGCAUGUCCUGACAAGUGCACACAUGUGGUUUUCAGUGCCUCAAAGCAGUUUGAGGUGCUGCAACCUGCAUGUGGUGCACAUGCACUCAUUUGCCAUGCUGCUAAUUAGUGGUGUGUUGGUUUUUUGAUACUGAGAGAUCCUGGUGUCAAAAAAAUCCACCACUGAAAAAUAGUGGUGUGGCGUGCACAGCAGCAGCAUGUGCCACCAAAAAGAGAGCCUGGCUGGCUGGAACCAUGCUUUGGCUGCCG